AUGUUCCGUCGGAUUUCCUCCACAGCUUUCGGUGCAAAGCAAAACGUUGCAUUGGUGAGAUAUUUCGCGUCGUCUUCCAUUUGGGAACAAAUGAAUCCUCUGGCGUGGUUAUAAACUCCAUCUGACGUGCAGCAGGUCCUUUUGCGUAUUACAGGAUGCCUUAAGUACUUUUACUAAUUCCGUCUUGGCGUACCUCAAAUACUGCGUGCCAUCUUUGUUCUAAUUCGCCGUUAACGGACUUGUCGUCAUCGGAAAUGUUUUGAGUCAGACCCUUUGGUUCACGAGUUUUCUUCGUGGUUUGUCACAUGCAAAACGUGCACGAAGACCCGUCCUUCAUACCCACUAACACAGGCGCAUGCGGUCUGCUCUCUCACGUCUUCCGGGUAACUAUAGUCACCCAACUCUUGUCGAGUUUCUUCUUCCGGUCUAGCCGAACUCGGCAUCUUUUCGCAGGUUGGAAAACGCUUAACUGAGACACGCAUCUACAAACGCGUUUGCUGAGCCAAAGUUCAUAUUCUGGCUUUGUACUAGCCCAGCCAGCAGAUUACGGCCCAAUUAUGCGGAACAACUGUGUGCAGCAUUGUAGACAAUGCUCGCUGUACCCACACUUUUUAUCUUCGGCUUGCCUAGUGCUAAAUGCUACUCUUGUUAUUUGCUCUCGAUUUUCUCGCCCACGUUAUUGUUUUGACACCCAGCACGGCCAAACUAUCAUAUGCUGCUCGUUCGUGUUGCUGUUCUUGUAAUGCCUUUCAUGCGUUUUGCAUCUUCCGUCAUGUUUAGCCUUCUAUCGCAAGCUGUUGCACGUUAGUAUUGACCUUCUCAUACUAUUAUGUAGGUUUCCAAGCUGGAAAAUCUCUGUUGAAAUUUAUCUCUACUUUAACACUAAAAAUCAUUUGGAAGGAGUUCUGGAGGAAAGCACUCAUAAUGUCUUCUUUAUAUUUCUCCAGUCUACUUUUAUACGUUUCAGACCUCCUGAAUUUUCCGAUCACGCUAGCCUGAAAAUAGUAUUGAUAGAUCUAGUUUUUGGCCAGUUUAAUAGUGAUGCUGGAGAGCGGUAUAACGGCAACCACUUUCUUUACUUUAUUCCUGUCCCGGUAGGUUUUGUUUUUUGCAAAUCGGUUAUAUUGAACUGAUAAACCCGCUAACUGUUGUCCUUCAUACAUUCUCAUAAUUCUGGGAUUUUUUCUACGAGAAAAACUCAGUGUUUCGUAUCUAAUAUCGUCAUUGUAGGCAUUCUUCAACUAAAUCAGUUGAAAACAAGCAGACUGCACGCGAAAAUUACUACAGUAGGUAGGCAUGAAUUGUCUACAGACAGCUGAAGUACUUCUUUUGUCAGAAAAAUUUGGCGCUUCAAAGGAAAAUGCUCAGGACAAAUUUCCUAAUGUUGUAGCCAUCGUUGAGGGUAGCGAAUUCGUAGUCAUAACUCCAUACUCUCAGCUGAUUUUGACGCUAAACCUCGUUCUAAUUUAUUUGAACUACAGUGACAUAUAUAGCGAUGAAGAACUAAUUUAUUCUUCAUCCCUCCCCGUAUGAUGGAAUUUUAGAUUUAUUGGGCGGAUCGUAACGAGACAAAGCGAAGUUCCCUGAGCCCUUCCGUAGUUUGUUUUUCGGCAUGUUAUGUCAUAAACAACACAUGUCACUGAGUCGGUAGUUUUACCGUGCAUGCAUUUAGCUGUUUACAGUUUGAAGUUUCAACAAUUUUUAUCAACCUGGGUGUGUAGGACAGAGAGUUUUUCAUUUUUGAAUAACGAUGUAGCAAUAGAGUUUUUCCAAUGCCUUCCCUUGAAUUUGUAUGUAUGAAAUAACUUGUUCUCAGUUUUCGACGUUUCGUAAUCGUUCAAGGGGUCAUCUUCGUACAGUUUUCUGUAGGUAACACUAGGCACUUUCGCCUUACUUUUUGGCUUGAUGAUGUUACUGACUUUUCGAAAGACUUUAUAUUCGUUUCUUAACUUCCAACAACUGACAAGCCUAGCAUCUGAUUUCUUAUACGUUGCGCUUUUUAUUAUUUCGAUGCUUUUGCCCUCUUCCCUGUCCUAGACCGACCUCCAUUUUCGCGAUGGCGUUCACCCGUGGCUGUCUGGUAAUUGGAGAACAAUUUACUUUUUACGAUUGUGGGGUCUAUUUCGCUGUUUGCACUAUUUCGUUUACCCAGUUUUUGCAAGAACUCUGCUGACCCAUUGACCUAUUUUCCUCAAGAGUCCGAGGAUCGCUUGCGCUUUCUUUCCAACCUCAUAUCAUCCGCUGCAUCACCUCUUUUCCGCACUCAGCAGAGUAAGUUUUCCGAGCAUUUGUCCACUUUUAACGUUUUGGAUAUUAACUUCCGUUAAACUACUUCGUGCGUUUAAUUCAAGCAAAUAAAUUGGUAGGAGACAUGAGCUUGUCUACUUUACCUUUCUCUUAACAAAAGCCUGAUUUGGCGACUCGAUUAAUAGCUGCCCCAAACUUGAUAUUUACACUCGUCAUUCUAGUCGACCGAUCGGCAAGAACCAUACACCUGCUUAUGCAUUUGGACAUUAACACGGAGUACGUCUGUUGGGGCUUCAUGUCUCAGGGCUUGAUCCUGCGGCGUGUACCAAGUACCCUACUCUGUCUGAAAUGGAGUCCUAUGGAACCCUGGUGCUAUGCCUUUUCCUACAUAGUAGCACAUUGUUUAGUUGGGAAAAAAACCUACAGCACACCUACACCUCACACCGGUUGCCCACCAAUCGACCCCAAUCAAUGCCGCGGCUCCCGCAAUAACCUUCGUCUAGCGUCCUCCACCUGAGUUUUGAUUACUUAACACGCAAGCUGGUCUGUAUGAAAUAGGCGCCAUCUGUCGGAACAGGGGAGAUCUACUAGCACUCACAGAGUAGUGUUUGACAAUGCGCUCUUUGGCCUUGACUUCAUCUCGGGUGUGCGCAGGCCAAACCGUGGCUGCUGGCGAGUUGUUCACCAGAUGGUAUCGAUAGCACAGCCCUAUUACUGACACUUGCUGCCAGUGAGAUGUUACUAACGCGCUGAAUGGUUAGGUCAAAUUUCCACUUGUGGUCUGCUGGCAUUCCUUCCUGCAUUGUUGGCACUGUCAUUGCUAUGUAAAAGUCAGUGUAGGUUGCUGAUGCUAUGCGUAGAUUAGUAUUCUUUGACUAAUUUAAAAUGUUCUCAAGGUGUAUCCCUGUGUGCUCUUACCAGAUAUUGUUGUGUGACCCAGCACGACCUUUCAGUCUGUUCUUGAAGCCCUCAAAGGCUACUGUCUUGCGAAAUAAGUACUAAUGUACGAAGUCCACGGCAGUUACCAAGUGGAGAGAGAUGCGAAGAGCGUUUUUCCUGUAUCAGUAAUAUCUUACAGCUCUGGUUCAUUUUGCUAGCGCCAGAAUAUUCAGGCCUUUUAACCGACACAGGACAUACCCUUCCACUGGGGACUGCGCGUUCAAUAAUAGUUAUCCAACUGUCAUUCCAUUUCCAAAUUUCGAAAAUGUACAUUAAGUAUCCUCUCCAAAUCUGGCUUUAUCGUACCUCUAGUUCUUUUUUAGCUGAGUACCAUCACGCUUUUGUGAAUGUUGACAGGAAUUCGACGCUCUAACUACUCGAGCAGGCCGUUUGAUACACCGACUUUUCUGCCACCAGUUUAAGUUGGUGGAAUGCCGCAGAGACGCGCAGCUCUCCAGAGACCGUAUUCCUUUCUUGCCUUUCGUUUUUUUGCUUUCCAGCUAUGCGUGAUAGCUUACCGUCGUAACUGCAGAGGAAGAAAAAUUGGACUGUCGUACCUAACACAUGGUAGACCUUUGCGUUCUGAUCAGCCCGAUUGUGAGCCCUCUGCCCUGUUUUGUUUUCUAUAUAUGGCGAAGUCGAGAUUUUCGGCAUUUUCACCUACCCCGAGCCUUCAGUCAAAAAGGGACACGCCAGUUAAUGUGAACUCGCCGAGCAGUAGUAUAAUUCUUGUCUCGCUGCUACCGGAGUCAGUUUUGCCCGGGGAGUUGCUUGGAAAUCGGGUGAAGGACAGACUGCCUUCUCCUCGAAAGAGAAGUAUCCUAUAAACGCAGCGAAGUUGGCACGGUCACGUCUGUAUUGCUAUGGGAGCGGAUUUGGCCUUUUCGAACGUGGGGUUUGCAACACACUGCCUUCAUCCAACGUUUGAAAGUGUGUUUACACGAGUUACUUAUGUGCCCUGGGUACUUUUGACUGUUUCUAACUCAUCUGCUUCCCUCAAAUUGCAAAAUAAUUGAAGUUUACGACACACUUAACCUUUUUUUGCUUAAUGCUUAUCCCGUGGAUAUGUUUCCUGGACCGAGACGUGUAGUUUUGUCUGUUUCAUUCUCUAACGGUCGUUGACAAAUCAUCUAUAGGAGCGGCUGGGAACCAAUUCAAUUAAUGCUGCUUCGUUUCGACUGCCAUUGUGUCGGACGCGAGACAUGCAUUAAACUGGGUUCUACGACCAACAGAAGCCGAAAAUACUUAUUUAUGACAACUGGUGAACUUAUGCAGAGCUUCUUUAAUUUGGCCUAACUGCACAGUGUCUACACGCAGUCGCUAGAACUCAGUAUUUUCCGUGGCCACCGCGAACCAGGCUGUGCUUUCGGAAUCUCUGGGAGACUUCAACCUGCCUAGCGCCGACUCCACAAGCUAGCUCCAACAGUAACUUAAGUUUUGAACAAAUUGAUACCGUGACGUCAUUUCAUAUUGAGGUUGAAAGAACUCGAGUUUGUGGUUUUUAUGCCUCUCACUCCUCUCCAAUUUCAUAACAGAAUCUUGCAGCUCUACAACACUGCUAACCUUUGUGACGGCAAAUAGUCCUUGUUGGGAUCUCCUGUUUGUAACUGUUUAAGGGCACUUUUUCAGCUCGGUCCCCCUCGCCAAAAAGCAAUAUAUCUCGAUAUCCAACUUCGUCAUUUAAGCAUCAGAUCCUUUGUCUCUUUUUAUAGCCCAUGAAACGGAGGCACUCCUCAUGACCGCUGUAUCAUCGCUGGUGAGUAAAGCACUACGCUCUCUUAACGUUGAGUUCCUUGUUAAUUACUCUCCCCCCUAAUGAUUGGUAGCUUUCAUGAAGUGAGCUCCAGAGAGAAAAGUUAAAGUGAUUAGGGAUGCCCCUUAAUGCCGAUCGGGAGGCGAACAUGUCUUGCCGUUAGUCAGUUUAAUGAACUUCAACCCAUCUGCUAACUCCAUCUAUAAGUGAAAGAUGGAGGCCGUUCAUGUGCCGUGUUUUACAGGUUCUUUCACCGAAGGCAACAAGGACCACCCAAGCAUCCGAGGGAACACGGUGGCGACUGGCGUACGCGUUUGUUUAUAUAGUGGGACGAACUUGCCCUGGGCUCACUUCUCUCCCUCUCUCUCAGACCAUAAUCCGGCGCCUAGACAGGGUCAGGACUGAAUAUGGACAGAAGCGCGGUGGCUGACAGCCGAACGCAUGGUCGGAUUCCUAAGCAUAAAAAAGGCGACUUCAAAGAAGAGGGCGUCCUAAAAGCAACAGACUUGAAAAUAUCGUAAAGGCACAGUAGGUGGUGUAUCGCAUGAAAUGUUAGGCGAUAUUUUGAAGUGCGUUUUAGAGUAGAAAGGAUUUCUCGGAUGGGUUUGUAAUGUUGGUUAUCGUGCAGCAUAAUCCCGUGAUAUUUCAGUCACGCCGGGAUGCCGGCUUUUUAGUAUGCUUCUGUCCUACCACCUGCUUAGGCUCUUGGCAGUUAAUGACUACCUAUGAAUUUUUCUCAUUUAUUUCCUGCGUCCCUGCAUAUUCACAAAUGCACUUUAUAGAAAACACACGUUAAAUAGCCUUUCUUGCACUUUUGCGGUAGAAAAUUGCGUCCUCAAAUUUCACAUAAGGGGUACAGUACGUGACCUGUCUCAUGAAACCUGAUAACAGAAGCUGAUGUGAGAAUUUCUGGACGUCUUAAACGUUGCGCAUUUUGCUUGUUCAUCCAACCACUUCAGUAAAAUAUCCUUUUGUUGUGCAGAAAUUGUGUUCACUUAAUUAUAUCAAGCAAGCAAAUUUUUCAGUUCCCGGAUGCUCUUGAACACCAACUACCGUUCAACUUCCGUUUGGGGUUUCCAAAUUACAGGCUGCAUGCAUUCCAUGUAGGAAAAAUCAUUAAUUUCCCUAGGUUAUUUGGAAGAUACCCUAUAGGUAGCAAACAACUCCGAAAGUUCAUACUACUUAAAUGGCCAUUUUUACUGAACGUGUCUUCUGCAUGUGAUCGGAAGAAGCCGGAUGCUCCUGGCGUGACACAAAUGUCUUGGGAUUAUGUUGAAUGAUAAUAUUACAAUCCCAUUUAGGUAAUCGUUUCUAAUCGAAAACGCAGCCCACAAUUUCGGUUAACCUUUCUCUGAUUUAAAGCGAGUCAUUGCAAUUUAACCUUCUGAUAACGAACCUCCUCUGAGUUCGGAGGAGCACUCGGUUACUCCACGAAUCGACAUUUAGCACGCCGUGCGACUUGAGGAUCACGCGGCUGUUUACACUGCGGAGGCCUAGCGCUAGCUCCGAGGUAGACCGACCUGUCUUAUGUUUCCGUGUCCUGCCCGAGUCAGGCGGUCGAAGAUGAGGUUGUGCCCGCGGUCUAAGGUGUGUCAUACACACGCUCUGAGGUAAGUAAGAGACGCCAUUAAAGGCCGCAUUAGGUAGGGAAACAUUUCAGCCUUACCCUCGUUUGGAAGAAGGGGCUGAGUUAGCCCGUCGGUUGGCAACGUCCAAGGUCAGGACUCCUAACAAUUUAGAUUUGCAACAGUGUAGAACGCGGUGUGUCGCCGCGAGUAGGGGCUACUCACCGCCCCCCCCCACUUCUCUCCUCCUCCCCCCUGCCAUGCACCCGCAGCCUGUCAGAGCCUUUCAGUCGGUUGGUGGCGAAGUCGGACUCAAUAGUUGACGUGACACACUUGCCUUCGUCUAAGAUAUGACUCCCCCAGGCACGGUAAUUGUUAAGGACCCAUGCAGACUCGGCCCACCUCUACUAGAGCAUGCCAUACGCCUGUAUGUCUUUGGUUGCAGUCUAACAGGGCAUUCCGGUCAGGGUUCUGUCCUAUCGACAAGUCCUAUUUUGAUCAUAGGUCUCUGUCCCCGUCCGGAGGUUCUAUCUUUGCAGUGCAACCCUAAAGGCUGGAGGAGUCUUUCUAAUGAGGAAUAAUGAUAGUGAGGGUGGCGCAGACUUUGGAUGCUUCUUGAUCGCACGUUCUAAGGCAUUAACAACGUCAUAUGUUCUGUCACAGAAGAAGCAUUUUGUCGGAUUGGAGUGUAGGACAGGGCGGCCCGCCCAUUGAGUAUAUGUCAGCGACCAUGCGGUUACCACCGACGUGGAUUUUUUUCAGCCAGAGAGGCGGCGUCCAUUGUUGUAGGAUUGCGCUGGAUUGUAUUGUAGUUGUGUUGUAGUAUUUAAAGACGUGGUUCACCACGACGGCUGUUGGCGUUACCCGUGUCGAAAGGACGCUGUCUGUCACGACGGCGACGUCUGGUCUUCGUUAGUAGUGCGGUGCCAGAUCACAGUGAGUGGCAGGGACUGUCCCUUCGCCAUCGACCGCUUUCUGGCGUAUUCACCUGUAUGGACUCAAAAGGGCGGUGUUGAAUGGUUGCGUCGACAGCGGUCAGCAUGCAUGGUGAACUCCCGCCCACAGUUUCCUAACACUAGACCGGGGAGCGUAGGUUGAACUUCAAUGACUUACUGGUUAUUAGAUUGAUUUUCCUGCGUAGCUGAUAACGCUGCUCUCCGUGUGAGAAACAUUUGAUUAAGCUAGGGAUUUUAUUAGAGGUUGCUACCACCACUGGGAGUCAAAUCUCAGAUAAAAGGAAAAUCAGCGAAGAGUUGCCUCUCUACUGCCGAUCCGGACUUUCUGGGGUAAACAAUUUGAGUUUGUGUACGAAGGCAGUGCAGUCAUCAGACGUUUGUCUUUGAACAGUUUUAUAGUCCAUACAGUAUGCGACCCAUGUCGCGAGAGGUGACGAGGUUUACGAGAGAUUACCAAUCGCAAACCGGCACAAGGGAACCGACCAAAGCUUUGAAAUAAUAAUAAACUACUUUAUGCAAACUUAAAAUAUGAAAUAAACAUUAAAAUUGACACUCCGGUAUAUAGAAACACGAGCUUUAUAAAAAAAGCGGACAAUUCCGAAAACGUCAAAAAUCGUUGUAACGCCUGUCCAUGCAAAAGAAACCGAGUAGAUAAAACUGCACAAGUCGCAUGAAAUUUGAAAAUUGUCCUUUAGUGAAAUUGUGCACUUAAAUAUCCUUCACGAAUAGGUCUAGUGUCAAGUAUGACAGCUAGACAACAGCUUAUAGUUUGGGUAUAGAUGUCAAUACAGUUUCACGAGAAUUAGCUGCAGUUGACUAAGGCAAACAGGUUUUUGCUUGAUCUCGCCUAUAGGAGUAAAAUCUUUCAGAAAGUCAUAUAUAUUGGUAGACUGAUCAGUUAUUAAUAAAUUUAAAUAGAAUUGUCAUGUGUAGUCAUAAGCGUAGCCUAGGAAAGCUAUUAGCAUAAGAAAUCGUCGGAGAUUUCCGCUGAAAUUUGACUGAAGAAAUUACUAUUAACAUAUUAUGCAUAUACAAAAAGGACAUUUUACGGAAUAGACUGGGCGAAUAAGUGAAAUGUGCAGCAUUCUAGCUGUCCAACGUUGAUCGUCUCAAGUUACCGCAUCGGGUUUCAUGAUUUAUGUCUCAUUCGGCUGGGAACCAUGUCUAGAGCAUCAAGAUUCAAGCUCGCCCGCCGGACCCAUAAUCUUCCUUACGCUGGUGCUUCUCGCAUCAAACGGUCACACUAUGGCCUCCUCUCUUUGUUAUUGGGCAGUUUAGGGUGUUUCCUCUCAACGGGGUGACUGUACGACGGUUCUGUCUUUGUGAAAGAAGGGUCUAGGUCUUCUAAGGGAAAUUAAACCUGAUUAGUUAUCAAAACCUAGAAGACGCCCACCUUCUGUUGACGAAGCGAUCUUCAGUCACAUCCAGAACAGGAUCGUUCAAUGCGAGUGCCCCUCCGCUACUGCUGACUUGGUGGAUACGCCAGCUUCGUCAAAAGCUUAUCCACAUACAUCUGGGGCUUCGCCUUUCUGUUUGGUCGAUUAUGCGCCUCCUUUGGAAUUUCUCGGUGUCGUAAUGAUAUUACACUUUGUAAUAACGCUGAUUCUGAGGACAGAAGUAGUAUUUUGCUAUGCGUUUCAUAUCCAGAAGGGGACAUCACGGAAGUCUGCGGUUUACUGAACGACCAUUUGCAUUCUCGGAACCCCCCCCCGCGCUGGCGACUUUCAGAACUGAUGCUUCUUUUCUUGCUUUGAUGGUUUCUUCCGUCAUCUCCGUAAAGUUGUGACCGACUAGGUUAUGCUGGACCUGCUCUCUUCUCGCCGUUGCCCCAUUUUCAGCCUCCGAUCGUGUUAUUGACAGCCUCUAUUUAGGGUGAAAUGAAAUCCAGUCAUGGGCUCCCUGCCGGAAGGGUGGGCCUCAUUUGCACUGUUUGUCAUUGCUGUUCAAUCACCUGCCUUUACCGGCUACGGACUUCGAUCUUAUCCUAGCUGUCUAUUUAUUACAGUCUACGUCGGAGGCGGCUUGGGAUUUGUUGGCUGGCAAACGUGGCUUCAAUGAUGUCAACAUAGCGAGGGUCAAUGAAGAUCAUGUUAGUCAGCGACAUCUUCUCUUUUGACCACGUAUUAUUUUUCCUGUUUCUUCCCUUUCCUCAAGAGUGUAGUCCGAUAUCGACCUUCUCACGAAAAAGUCUUUCCCGGUCCAUAGCAGGGCCGAACUCUAUUGUUUGUCAAUCGCUCUCUAGUCGGUCAUUUCCCUUCCCCAUCCUCCUUGACUUAGUCUCACUACAGACCUCACUCUAGACUCCUCAGAGUCCCACCGUAGGCAAAAACUCAAUGAACACUGACUAGAUGCCUUUGUUAUCUGAUUUUCCGGCUGUCUGUUUCUGUUUUCUUAUGCCUUACUGCGUCUGGGUUUAAUAACUUACUGGUUGCCACGACACCCUGUCAACAAUGCGUUUGUUCUGCAACAAUGCCUACUGCGCAACAUCAGUACUAUGUCAUGUUUCGUAAACGGGGAAAAAUGCAGCUUCAAUCCUUCUGAAUCUCUUCGUUGGUCUAGGUGAACGCGCAGUGGCAGCCUUUUGCGAUUCAGUCGACCCCCCGUAUUCGCGUGGACUAGGGACCACGGCUACCAGCGAGUAGCUGAAGUCCGCGAAUGCUAGAGACCCCUCCAAAAACGCUUAUAACUGUCUGUUUUGGAGUUCAAAUGCCAUCAUCCUAAAACACCUUAUCCUUAAAAAUAUAUGGCUUACAGCUACCCGUAAACACAUCUACAAUUGUUGAUUUUAACAAGCUGAAAACUAGUCAAAUUACUCUUGUAUUCAGGCACACACGUUUUCUUGGAAUGAAGGUCUAGAUAUCUAAGCCGCAAACUGUAUUUUCUUUCCCGCAGACUUUUUGUUUUGAAUUUGCGUGUCGUUUGGCGAAAGUAUUUUUUUAAAUGCACUUCAUUGAUAUUUUGUUGCGUUCAAAUUAGUCCCAAUAUCCGAAAAUCAGCAAAUCGUUUUUUUACCAUAACACACGUAUUUGGUCAAGAAAAUGAAUGAAAAUAAUUAACGACUACUUUAGAUAUGCCCAACAAAAAAAACUUGUGAAUACUAAACCGCAAAUAGCGGAGAUAAACUGUACACCAUCAGUUCUCUUCCCAUUUUCUGCAUCGCGAAAGUACACACUGACAGAAUAUUUAGGAUUUGGCCCGUAGUGCCUUUUUGAGUUCUUUAAGCCCACCUUGUGUUUUCCUCCAUAAUUCUUUGCGCACUCCCCACCUCACAGUUCAAAAGCCUGCUUUUGCAACGCACUGCAGGCUGGUCGGAGCAGCGUUCACUGGAGCUUUUACAGUCCUUCAUCGCUCGUACCCUCCAAUCAACUGACCCUCCUUCCUUCCCAUCCGCGAUUACGGCCGAUAUCUUUUCCAUUUACCUCUCCUUUCAUGUAAGCACCGUCUCCACCACCUCCAUGUUCUACCAACCGACGUCUCGGGUUUUUCCACAUCUACACGCAUAAUUAUGCUUUCUCUCACCCUCCUCUCGUCUCCAAGGUGUCUCAAUUUUCGCGCAGUUUGCCCGUCUCCAUGGCCCCCUCUGUUCGGCAGUUGUUGCUGCGCACUGAUGACCGAUCGCGCCUUGUGCACACGCUCCUCGAACUGCUCUGUGAAGCGAGUAAGUCGGUGGUUAUCUAUGAUCCCGUAAAGUGGUCAAGGGCGCUUUGAUUUGAUCAGCCCGCUUAGGUCAGCCCCUAAAACCCUUCUGCUCUGUUUGUGGCUUUAAUAAUGAUUAAACCUCUUGCCUCGUUGAAGUGUUUUCCAGCGACAUUACUUGAUUAUGACACGGCCUGUGGUGUGUGUUUAUAUAGGGUGACGCGGAGUCAGUCAGUGCUUGUUAAGGUGAUCGAUUGGUGGUGUAGUUUACCUCGUGACUACUCAUUUCGAUUACAGAUGUAAGUUUCACCCCAAAAACCCAUCCAAAACGUAUGCGUAGGAUGAUAUACUUUAGAUUAAUUGACAAUAUUUCUCUAGUAAGUGACCUCCUUAAAGAGCUCUUUAAUUAGGUAUUCCGCCAAGGGAUGGGUGUGUACUUUUCCUUUUCCCGAGGUUGAAUCAAGAUAACAAUUAGUUGAUUUAAUCGGCCUUUUCGCCUCUUGAAAAUAGGUUAUAAUUUUUUGCUGCAAAUGAAGGGACUCACCUUUACCUUUUUAUUUGAGCCUUUCUCGCUAUAUUUGUCUACUUUUAGACUCCAUUCAAAAAUUGCAAAUUCACAACAGGAUGGCCAUAUAAAUACUAGGAUAUUGCAAAAACUUUUAGUCCUCUGUCCUUUACCUUUCUAAAUUACGCACCAGCGAAAUUUGGGCCCUACAACAUUGUUUGCACCGUAUGCUUGAAAGUUAGCGUGGUCACAUUUUCGAGGUCUUUUUCGCGGUCAGUUAUCGAGUAUUCUCAAAGAGCAGGAAAAUGUCGGAAUGCUUAAAUGAAUGAUUGCCCGUAGGCGUUUUACUGCGUUUUCGGGCAUGAAAUCCCGCAGAUUUGCAAAUCUGACCUCUUAAAAUCAACAAAACGUCUGGUCUGCUUAAAAUAACCCGCUUGCUUACAACUUGCUUCAUCUGAUUUAGGUGCGAAAAAAAUCAAUUUUUAAGUGCAGCAACUUCCGUGAGGCAAAAACCUUAGAUUAGAACAAUUUUUUCCUCAUCGAAAAACACGCACGAAUGCACAAACUUAGGCUAGGAUCGCUAUUAGCCUAGAAAACCGCCGGAAUACAGAGUAACGUAAAUUUCCUCUCAAAUUUGUAAACAUUUUGAUUGACAGAAUAAUUUAUACAAAAAUACUGAGCUUGCAGAAAGGAAAUUUUCCGGAAUAGACUUAGCAUAUAUUUAAAAUGCACAGUAUUUUGGCUGCCCACAUUUGGUCGUCUCCACUUCCGUUGGCACGUCUCAUGAGUUAGGUCACGUACUGUGUUGUCGUGUUCGUACCAUAAUUCCUCCCCCUUGGAAUUUAGCGCAGGGGACACCCGUAAUACCUAUUCUUCUGUCUCACUAAUCUCAUAAUAACAAGUUUAUUUUAAACCGAAAGGCAGUCCUUCGAGUGUUAGAUAGCACAUUUUUAAUAUCAUAGAGAAAUGUAUGCGUUUCCUUAAAUUAGAAGUUUGUAGUUCGGGAACUAAACGCAAGUACAAUGACAGAGGGGGUUCAAUAUUGUUCGGAAAUCGGUAUUUUUAGCGUAAAAGGUACCGUUUUAUGGGAUAUUAAAUUUGGAUGAGGCUUAAUUUGCUACGAAAGGAGAACAGGAGACGAUGGUUUAGGCAUGCAUUGAUAAAGCAUGGUUAGAUUUACAAUGGCAUCGAACACCGAGUGGGAAGAUACAUGCUACUUAAUAAGCUAUUUCCUAACAAAUGGGAUUUCUGCAGACCGUCGAAAAAACGGAUAUUCAAAAGCCAGAGGCAAUCGUAUGGUUUAUGGCUGGAGUUACCUACCCUGGAGAGCAUUUGUGUUGUGUAAGAGUGCUGAGCAUACAAGGACUUUAUGAUAUCAGAAAUUCUGAUCCUCCAAUUUGUCGCCAAUUAAAAAGGGACACUAUUUUUGCCAUUUAAUAAUAAUAGUAGUAAGUAAAUUUAACGGCCUUUGCAGGCAUUUUCGAAAAGGUAUUGCACUGUCGUAUUUUUACUCCGAUGACUACCGUUAAACAUCUUGACCGCCCUCACGCAACAGCCACCACGAGGUCUUUUUAUUUCCUUCUCUGCCAGUUAUUUUCGUUUAACACGAUUGCUUCCCGGAGUAAGUAACUCCGACCAUAAACCGUAUCCUUGCAAGCCGACAUUCUGCUGCGGCUGAAAUAUCUUGGGACUGUACUGCAUCAUGCUCAAUAUUACAAUCCCACGCAAGUAAUCCUUUUUAAGCGAAACCACAUUUCAGAAUUUCGGUCAGUAUCUCAUGAGUUCUGUCACUUGCUGCAUAUACUCUGAUAUCUCCGGGACUGUGCACCUUGGCCUCAGUUUACGCCACGUACAAAUUGCUCAGGCAGGUUUCUGAUCAAGCGGCGCAUUUCCAUGUGAUGCUGAUCGCGAAAUGAUGACCUUUGAUAGCGGCGCCGGACAGUGGACGUUUUGAUCAUCGAUAUCUAUUGCAAUCUUUAUGCUACGAGGGUCCUCCACCUUGGAUCUCACGCUCAAGGGGUAGAUCGCAGUCGUUAGCCAGGAAUGCGGAGGCGGAAGGCGACCUUAACCCUAACCUCAACCUUAAACGUUAACCGUUAACCCUAACGACAACCCUAACCGGAAUCAUAAACGUAACCACAGCCCUUAGACAUAGCCGUAACUGAUAAACCUAACCGUAAUACUGAAACCUAAUCGUACACUCAAACCCUAACCGUAUACAGAAAACCUAAGCCUGAAGGCAUAAGCCCUAACCCGAAAAUCGGAAAACUAAUAACUGGUACCUUAAUCCUAACCUCAAAUGCAAAACGGAAGCCAAAUGUGAUUACGGCGCCCCUCAAAAUAACCCCAGUAAACCGAACCUCCGCCACCUGUAAUACUGGGCCUGGCUACCAACUGCGAUCCAACCGAGGCCGACUAGAUCAAGCACGAUCGCAGCCGUAUCAAGUACAAGUCAAGUGCAUGUGUCACCCAUUGGAUCCCCGGUCAAGAGCAGUGAGGGGAAUGACGAGAGCAUCGAACCCUCUUUGGCUUCUUAUGUAAAACUCGCUUUCAUAUUUCGUGUCCCAUUGAAGGUGACGAAUCUGAUCCUGUUAGAAAGCCGCUCACAUUCCAACUCCUUAUGUCGACCAGUCGACGAGAAUUUGGUAGGACACGGGAAUAAGUACUCCUGGAAUUUGGUUUAAAAUUACCUGUAUUACCGGAUGUAGGGAGAAUUCCUAUCCCUGUUUUUUUUUCUACCGGAAAUCCAGUUUUCAUCAAGGGAGUAGAGUAUUCGAGUCGAAAUGACAGACUCAGACCAUAAUUCAUAAUUUCCAAUAAUUUAGUUCAUGAAGAAUCAAAUGCUGCUACUUAAGGUACCUGCAGCAGGAUAGCCAGUAACUAAAUCCACCUACGGAAAUCCGCUUUUUGAAAAUGAAGUUACAUGUUGUUCUACAUAAAUUUGUUUGGUUAGAAAAACGUUCAAUAAAGUGCUUAUGAUGGAGACAGUUUUGAUUUUUAGGGUGACGAGAUGUACGCUGAAGUAUGUAGUCAAAAAUCUUCAUUCGCGUCUCACUAAAAAUUUUUUCCGAAAUUCCCAUUUUGAGCAGUCUUCCCUAAUUACGGCUUUGCCAUGUAGAAUUCGACAGGGUGACAGCUAAGCGGAAAAUAAAAUGAGAACGGAGUCGGCUUUCAAACCAUGUCCAGCAGUUUGUUUGGAAAUCACAUAAGACCUCUGUAGAAUGCCUGGUAGGAGAUUAAAGUGACAUCUCUCAGCAAAAGGCGUUGCUUGAUCUCCUUACAUUCUUAGAUAAGUCAAAGUCGAGCAACUAUUCGAAAUACGUUUAGAUAGUCGAUCAGUUUUAUCUGACUCCAUGCGCGCCGGUAGGUCGCUGACGCUGAACUGUAAAUGGUGUCCACUUUUAUCCGUGGGAGAUAUGUCCUUUCAAGUAGAGUUACCAUCAGACGUUCUUAAACCAAUAUUUUUGCGAGUUGAGGAUCGAAAAUAUUUGGUUUUGCUGACUCGACAAAAGUCGAAUCCUGUCGUAAGGACGUCGAGCGUCUCCUCAACUUCCAUGACCAACCACGCACUUACUGUUUCGUACGUUUUGCUAGUCUCUACCCCCAGUGUCCCUUACAUUGAACACCCAGCACUGGCGCGACGAAGUUGAGGAACUGUUUCAGGCCGUCCAGAGAAAACGGAUGAAGCAAUUUGCGUGUAGGAUACAGGCAUAGGAAAAGCUCUCCUUCCGCCCCCAAUGCAAGUGGCCUUGCGUCAAAUUCCAAAGAGACUAGGGUUAGGGCAAGAUUGGUUUUUGGGUUAACGUGGGGGUAAGAUUUAGUGUUGUGGCAAGGGUUAAGAGUUGGAAAGAGGUACUCUCCUUGGAAUUUAGUGCAAGACCACCUGUAUUACGGGAGGCAGGUUACUAUUCCCCCGCCUUGUCAAUUUGGACACGGUCUAGCCCUGUAAUCCCUCGAAUGGCGAAUGCUUACCUUAACUUGCAUUAUAGAUUGUUUGUGGUGGAGAAUAUGCGCCGAGAGUCGACCUCAUUAUUUCUUUCCUCCUCCCUCCAAUGCAGGUGGCCUUGCGUCAAAUUCCGGAGGUUAGUGUUGGGGCUAAGAUUAGUGUAAGGGUUAGCGUUGUGGUUAGGGUUAAGACACGGGUAUAGGUUCUCCUCCUGGGAUUAAGCUUAAAGCCACCAUUAUUUCGGGGAGGGAGGUUUUUAUUCCCGCGUUCUACUUAUUUGAGCCUAGUUUAGCCCUGUAAUCACACCUGCCAGACCACGAGAAGGCUUGAAUAGUGAACACGCACACAAAGGGUUGACUGCCCGGAUCUCACACGUUGCAAAGGAACCACGUGGAGAAAGAGUCGAAAAACGUAUUAACCACUUACGUGACAGGUGCCUAGUUCGUGCCUGCUGUGUGUGUAACGAUGGACGUGCUCAUGUGCACCGUAUGAGUUGGUGGGGAGUUGUGUGGUGAUGUGAUCUAGUCUGCGGUGAUUUAUCGCAGAUUUUCAUGGGGACGCUAGUUCUUUUCAUCAAUACGUCUGGACUACUGAAUGCUUUGGCGAUUGCAGUGAAGAUUUCAACGAAGUAAAUCAGCCAGUUUGUUGGUGGUGGUGAAAGUACGUACAGACUUCGACUGGAACUGAGUUUGAGACCUGGGUUUUUCCAUUGAAUAUCUUGUGCACCGCCCUGACUGUCUCCAGCCAGGAGAGCGGGAUCGACGUCAGAACUUGUUUACACUCUAGGUAGUCUGCUGAUGGUUUCUUCGUAAAUACGACUGAAGCAAUUGGGGUGAAGGAUACAGGCAUAGGAACAGCCCUCCUCCUCCUCCUCCUCCUCCUCCUCCACCUUCUCCAACCGACAUUCCCGUCCGUCCCCUUGAAUAACACGACUGUUCAGCCGUCGAUUCCGAACAUGUACACCGUGUGCCUGGUGGGCGCUGAGACGAUAACUUGCUCGUGAGUCAGUUUAUAGUGAUAAUAGACGUGUGCUGCAUCCUCCCCUCCUCCUCUGCUCUCAUAUGGGUCUGGCGUCAUAAUGGAGUCAAGAAGACUGGAGGCGGGAGAGUAAGCAGACGACUUACGUGUCGUGGGCCCGAACCCAGGCGUGUCGCCACACCCUUGGCCCUCCCGCAGGUGACCAGGUUCCACAAAACAAGAAAAGGGGGACGGUUCGGAUCCCAGCUGAUUGGGAAUGCCAUAACGACCACAGUAAGAAGGAUUCAUCCAAUUCCGACCCGCAGUCCAUCAUUCAGCCAUCCCACAAAAAUGCACGCAGGGUUGACUGCGAGAUCCGAGUUAUCCCUUCGACUGGCAACCUCCAAAUUCGCGGCUUUUAACACACCGUGGCUUGCGUUUUAGAAGAGGAAUCUGCGCCGAGAGUCGACCCCAUUAUUUCUUUCCCUCCCCCCUUCCAAUUGAGGUAGUCCUGCGUUAAAUUCCAGAGGUUAGUGUUAGGGUUAAGAUUAGGGUAAGGGUUAGUGUUAUGGUUAGGGUUAAGACAGGGGAAUAGCUACCCCUCCUGGAAUUUAACUCAAAGCCACCUGUACUACCGGGGGAGGACGGAUCCUAUUCCCCUUUCUUACCGGAAAUACAGUUUUCAUCAAGGACGAAGGAAAUAAGGUGUUAAGGGCUUGGCCAAUCACAUCUGGGGUGUAUAAUGCAAAUCAAACAGUUGUCGCUGCAAACAGCUUUCCUUGUCUUAAAGUGACAUGUCCUAGUUUGCUUUCGAAAUAAGUUGCCGCAAAUGAUUCUUUAUCUUUUCCCAGAGCACAACCGAGGUGACUUCCUCUUGGCCAUUCUAAGAGACUGUGAUGGACCCCUGCGAGCAGAAUUUACAAGGUACUCGUCAAAACACGCUCCUUUUUUUACCCCACCGACCGCAUACUAGCCCGAAUUCUUCCUAUAUUUACACUUUCAUGUACACUCAAUUAGUGCUAAACGUGACAGGGGUGGAUUACAAACUUCCGUGUUUUCGCCUGCACACCGAGUCGGUUUUCCACAUGUCUGCUGCUCUAUGGGCGUAGUCGAUGAUAAAUUUUUCAAAAUACAGUUCCAUAAUCCGUCCUUCGCAAGUGAUUAUGUCCACUACUGACCCACGAGGUCGGCACAGUAUUGGCUUUGGCGUGUAGUCGUUUCUGGCUGCAUCCUCCUCAGCAUACUAUUUCCACACCCAUCGCGUACCGGAGAUGGGCUUGCAACCAGUGACUAACAAAGUUAAGCAUUUCAUUGCCGCCUGCUUGGCCAACACUAGGUCCCCAAAUCUACUUACGUGUACCGCGCUUUGAUGAGGCGUUACGGAUCGUGCAUGAAUGAGAAUGCCAUAAAGGUCUCAUUUAAAAAAGUCGUCGCAGUCAUCCGCCUUAUCAAAAAAGAACUGACUCAUCCCAUUAGUGGACAAUCUUCCAAUCCACGCCGCGGAGUCCGGCGUGAGGGAAUGAAGCCCGUCAGAUUAUCAUCGCCAGAUUGACGCUAAGCGAUGCUGCGCCAUUUUCGAUUCCGCUUCCCCCUCAUCCGCACAGCAACAGUAUGUCCAAAUCUGCCGAUUGGGUUCAGUGAUUGACUUGGCACAAGCCCUUUGUCUACCGCGUUUCACACGUGUGUAUGCUAAUGGUUAAGGGCUCCCAUUAGACUGGACGCUGCCCAACAAACACAUGCCCUGAGGCAUUGUGUCUCCCGCUUCGGUUGAUUUCAGUAGGUGUUCACUCCGCUUCGUAGGAAGUAAAGAAACAACCUCUGAACGGCCAAGUUUAUCGUGCUAAGAGGUUCUCAUUCAUUGGGUGCCGUUAAAGUGGCGGGUUUAUUCAGUGCCUUCCAGUAACUGAUUCUUGGAAUAUACAAGAGCAUAAAUUAACCUUCAUUUUAACCCAUGAAACUACAUUUCACCAGCCGAUCCACCGAAGGAUAGAAGUUUGUCAUCCAAUUCUCCUUUUGCCAAAAGAUGCUGCAUUAGGAAUCAGUCGAUUUUUAUUUUAUGGAUAUCUGAUUGAACCUCUCAAACUAUGUAUGUCAGAUAGGCGCUCCCUCGAUGUGUAGUUUUGAAUCUUCAAGAUGAUUGCAGGUCUGUGCUCAAAACACCGUGUUUCCACCUCUGUAAGGCACGCCAUGCUCUCGCCUGUGUGCACUAGACUGUCAUCCUGACCUUAGUUUGAAUCCAGCAAGGGUCGUACGCACUUCGUCGCAUACAAAUUUUCCUCUUACCGACAAGCCUCCCUCUUCUGUUAGCCAUAAAGUACAUCGACCCACCGAAAGAAGAGCCACUGCCUAGCUUUCAUGCUCAAUUUUAAAAUCACACUAAUGGACAUGCAAGGACAGUCGGCAUGAUGUAUGAAUUUAAGGCGAAGAUGUUUUUGUCUGAGAAGAGUGAAACGUUUCCUGGCUUAUCGUGGAGCUUAGGACCCGCUUGCGUCUUUCACGACCAUCGACUUUUGGUGGCGUUGUGCGUGCCGACCAGCCAGCCUGAAAGGAUUCUGGUCCAUUUGUGACUCAACUAUAUACUUUUGUAAGUCGUGACAUCCUCUAUGAUCCCCAUCGUACACUUACAUUUCCUGCAAUAUUUUAGACAGACGGGGAAAAGAACUUUUAGACAUACAGUCAGUGACUGAUCUUAUGAAAUUUUAACCGAAAUUCUGAAAUGCGUUUCUGAUUAGGAAAGAUUACCUAGGUGGGCUUGUAAUACUGAUUAUCUUGUAGCAUAAGCCUUAAGGAUUGUGUGCGUUUGCCAUGCCAUGAUUCAGCAAACCGUGGGCCUCUUAGCUUGGUGCGAGCUGGUAGUUCUCUGGUACGUGGUUCCCUGCAGGAAGGUGCGCUUGCGCGCUCCCGCUAGGUAUACCGGUCGUGUGCAUGGUUGCCCAGUCAUCCUCGUCGUCCUUCUGACCCGUUACUUUGUUGUUGGUGUUUAAAGUCCUGGUCAAGUGUUUGUUGUGGACCAGGGGAUGUGGUGCUACUUCAAGGCGCGGGCCCUGCCGUGCCAGCCACCUGCGCCCUCUGCCGCCUUCUCUCUUCUUGACUGUCUUGACACCGGUCCUAGGCGGUAGAGCGGGUUCAAAAUUAUUCGGGAAUUGAAAAAAGUUUUUGAAAACCGAAUUAUGCCCUUCUUUCGAGUGUAGGAUUGGAAGAAGACGUAAUUUUGUACCAAAGAAGCAAAAGAAUGAAUAUUUUUAUGCAUGUUUUCCAUGAAGUAUAGUUGGACAUUUAGUGGCAUCGAAAAUCAAUGAGAAUAAUGCAUGCUACUUAAGUAGUCUUUUUUACGGAGUAUGGUUUUCGAAUGCAACCGGAAAGAAGUUCAUUCGAAAGCCGAAAUCCUACCGUAACUGACAUAUUAUAGAAUUAUGUUGCAGGCUGACUAGUUUUACAACCCUACUUAAUUAAUCUUUUCGAAACGAAAACGCAUUUCGAAAUUUUGGUUGACAUUUCAUGAGUUAGCCCACCUACUGUAUGUCUUGACACCGGCCCUAGGCGGGGAGGGGGGAGAGUGCGACAGAUGCGCAAAUCCACGCGCAAGCCAUCGUACCUGCUUCACCUUGCUGUGGAGCACACGGUGGACAUCGUCGGCCUUGUGACACAAUCCCGUGAUAUGUUAGAUACCCAAGGAUGUUGGCUUUUGAAUGCACUUCUUUUCGGCCAGCCGCGAAAACCACACUCCGUAUAAGUGGUUAAUUAUGUAGUAUGCGUUUUUUUCAUCGAUUUUUGAUGUAGUUGUAAACUCAAAAAAUAUUUUACAGAUAAUAUGCAAAAAGUCUUUUGUAUUGCACUCACUUUAUAGCAAAUCGUUUCUUCAAAUUUAGAACUCAAAGGUGGUGUCUUUCAGUUUCCUAAAAGUUUUUAACUUUGAGAUUUUGCAAGACUGUAGUGUCUAUUCAAAAGGCAUCGUAUAUGCCUAUUUGAUACUGCCCCUAACUAAGUAUACAACAGAGUCCACAUCCAUUGCAACAUUUACUGAGCCUUUCAUGGUGUCUUCUUAAUGUCAUAGGGGAAUGUGUAUUCUUCUUCACACGGAACUGCAAUGGCAGAUCAAGUUCAAAAUUAUUCGGAAACGAAACAACUCUUUAGAACUAAAUGAUGCCUAUUCCUUGAAUUUGAAAUUUGAAGAAUGCAGGACUUAUUAGCAGGUGAGGAGGUCUCUGUAGAAUAUAUUUUAAUUUAAGAAUGCAUCAAAAAUUGAUAAAGAAAAUGUAUACCCAAUAAGUAGCCCUUUUUUGCCCAGUACAGUUUUUGGAGGCGACUGAAAAGAAGUGCAUUCAAGAGCUAACACACUGGCGUGCGUGAAAUAUCACGGUAUUUCAUGGCAAGAUAGUCAACCGUACUGGCUCUGUGUUUAUUUCGUCAUCAGUCUAAAUUUUCUGGCGGAUUCUGCGUAGAAGGCACUUGUUGUCAUAGUAGCUGAGCGUCUAUAACGUCCUGUCUGCAUUGAAAUCACUGUUUAUGUGGUUCGGACGUGAAGGCAGCUUGUGUUUUUUAAACAAAUAAAACUGUUAUGAGUUUACAUACCGCUGUUUCACUCCUUUGCCAAUCGAGUGGUGCCACCGCAGCCGCCGCCACGUCAGUUUUGUUCUGAGAGAUGCCGGAACACUGCGCAGCCAUUGUUGCCUUCUGCGGUUUAUCGGAACGGCCUCCUGUCGGCAGUCACUUCUUCCGCAUCCGUGGGCGUGAAAAAGGGAAACAGGACCAGCCGCAGUCAGUGACCGAUUUCAUGAAAUGUUAAUCGAAACUCUGAAAUUUGGUUUAGAAUAGGAGGGAUUGCCUACGUGAGGUUGUGAUACUGACAAUCUUGUGGCAUAAUCUCGUAAUAUUUCGUACACGCCAGGAUGUUGGCUUUUGAAUGCACUCUGUUUUGGCCGACUGCAAAAAUCGUAUCUCAGGUAAUAUGCAUCUUAUCUACCAAUUUUCGAUGCUCAUAUAAAUUCAAAAAUAUUUCUCAGGAAACAUGCACAAGAUGUUCUUUUCUUGUGCUCAUUUGCUAGCAAUUCACGUCUUCUUUGUGCUUGAUACUCAAAGAAAGGGUAUCUUCUGGUUUUAAAAACGUUUCCAACGGUGAGUUUCUUAAGGCUGUGCAAUGUACAUUCGAAUAUCAUCAAAUCUAAAUGUUUAAUAAUGUCUCUCAUUAAGUAUAUAGCAUAGCCGCAGUCCGUUGCGACAUUUAUGAGCCCUGUAUGAUGUUUUCUUAGUGGCAUCAGUAAACGUAUGUUUCUCUUUGCACGGGAAGUAUGCAGCUUGUUGACUGAAAACCCUGAACAAAAGCGCAACGGCAGAUCGAGUUCAAAAUUAUUCAGAAAUUAAAAAAACUCCUUUAAAAUCUUGAGAUACUCUUCCUUCGAGCAUAAAAUUUGGAAAAAGCAUGAAUUGCUACCAAACGAGUAAAAAAAGCAACAUUUUACAUAGAUUUUUCACAAAAUAUAUCUGAAUUCAUAAGGGCAUCAAAGGUUGGUGGGAAGAAGUGCGUACUACUUAAGUAACCUUCUUUUACCGAGUGUGGUUUCUGCCGGCAAACGAAAAGAGGUGCAUUAAAAAUCCAACACUCUGGCUUGUCUUAAAUAGCGCGGAACAACGUCGCAAGCUUAUCACUGUUACAACACCGCCUAAGUAGUCCUUCCUAAUCGAAAACGCAUUUCAUAAUUUCGGCCAACAUUUAAUGAGAUCGGCCACUGAUUGUACUAUAUCGCCCCUCCUCAGGACGGUCAUCAAUGUGCGUUAGAUUUACACGGGGCUCAACAGAUGUAGCACUCGUUGAGCACAAAUCACGGGCUCCUGUGCGGUCGUGCGGACUUUGUGUUGCCACUAAAGUGAUAUUUGGCCUGGGAAGAUUUGGUGAGAUAGGGGUUGCAAACGCUCCCUCACUGCAAAUUAACUAACGCGCAGGUCGUUUCAGCCGUCCAAGCUAGUGCAGAUCGCCAUCGAGUGCGACAAAUCAAAUGCCACACUAACGUAUUCUUUGGAAGGUAGGUUAGUUAGACCGUCGCAUGCGACAAUGACCACCGUGUGUCCGACGACCUGAUGGACGCAGGACGGUGGCUUGCGCGUGCUGUUAGCAGACUGUCGCAGCGUCUGCCGCACUCCCUGCUGCUUCAACCACCUGAGCCCAGUAGCAAGACAGAGUCAGGAUCCUCAGAGGCGGGCUCGGACGCAAUGGCUGGGAAGGCAGAACAGCCCGUCUACACGUGCCGCGCACGCGACCUGCCCCCACACGCUAGAACGGGUCUGCACUAAAGUGGGGACGAUCCGAUCUCACGUGCGUGGGAGUGCUACAGAGGCCACAUUAGGAAGGAGCCAUUGAACCUAACUCUCAGUCCGCUGGCCACUCAUCCCAGACAUAGUGCUGGCUACGGGAAUCGAGUUGCUAUGUCAAUUCGCAGCUAUGCAAGUGACGACUUCUGGCGCAUCUUGAAACAUUAAAGCAUAUCAGAUUUGUUAUAGCGAGAAAUAAGCCGACGUACUGAAGAUGAUAAUCUUACCAGGAAAUAUAAUCAUUUACAGUGUAAUAAGCGAAUAUUUGUUGUUUAUUUUUGUGAACGUUUGAUCCACUCUCGUUUCAAUCGGAGUUUAAAGAGUGAAUGCAAACUAUGCUGUGAUUUCGUUUCCUGAUCGGGUUAGGGUUUUUACCCGUCCCAUUGUCGCUUUUUCAUGCGAAAUACAUCGCAUGGAAUUUAGCCCUCACAGCUGACCUCAAGUAAUAUGUCAAAAACGCCUGGAACUAGGUUUAUAAAUGACAAAUUUGUGUGUGCGUGUGUUAUUACACCUCGCACGGAAGCAUGGGAAGGCAGUGGUGGUGUCAGAAGGCAGUUCAUUUGCAUUGAACUUCUCUUGUGCGACCACACAGUGGCUCGGUGCAUCUCAUUAUCAGUUUCGGCUCGUUCUCUCUUUUUUCCGUCAAUCUAAGGAGUCCGGUGUCCUGUUAGGCCUUUUGUUCUAACCAGCUGACAAACUUCAGGGCUGCAGGGAGAAUUUCAUGUUUUCCGGUUGUCCUCAUGAGGGAGCCCGACUCCUUGCCCAUUACUGUGAGGUGUCUUUUAAGGGUGGAUAUUUGAAUUCGACGUCCAGCAAGAAUGAGACGCUGCAGCCGAUGAUGUUCCAAAUGCAUCCUUAUUGGAUAUUGGCGAAUACUCACUUCCACCAUUGGCUGAGGAAUAUUUACGUACUGAAACACUUAAUUCAUGAGUGGCUGUCAGAAUCAUGAAGUGGAGUUAGUAUCCUUUCACGGCAUCCAGAGUCUCUCCUUUCUUGAUUUUCCUAUAUACUGGGGUGAAUUAUACCUGAGUGAGUUCCAAUAUCAGUGCGGGGCGAUGUUGAAGAGACCGAACCAUCUGGAUGACAAUUUCUCACAGUUCUAGCAAUAGAACUAAAUGCAUUCUUCAAAAACAUUAGUCCUGAGUGCUGGAGAGCAAACUUCCGGCCAUACACAUCUUUGCUGAUUUCGCUCUUCCAACCUUUCGUUCUGAAUUAGCACUUACUCGGCGCCCGCCUUUAACCCCGAAGUAGACGGUGCCUAGCCUUCAAACCCACUGCUCUCCUUCUGACACCUUCUCGCCCCCUCCCCCUUCGGCCUACAUAACCUACAUUCCCCCAAAGACUUUCCUUUAGGGUCUCACUUUAGUCCCCCCCUGUCGUAGGCCUUUGACAACGGGAACCCAUACAGAGAAGCGACAUUUGUCGAUCUGAUCUGAUCGCGGGGGGGGAUACGGAUGUACAAGUUAUUUCUUGCAAUUGUGGUCUAGAAGCUUCCUGGUCGGUCGUAUUGCAAUAAGUAAUCAGGAAUCCCGGGGUAUUACUGGGGACUAACAUGACCGUUUCUUGCUUUAUUUGCCGUCGUGGGCCAACUGAAAGUCCGUCAUUGAACUCAUAAAUUCUGAAUCUAUGUUCGCAUACACAUUGAGCAUAAUGCUCGGGCUGGUACCUAUGCGGCUGUCAGUGGAAUCUAAGUUCUAUUUUCCGAACUGGUCUGCAGUAGGUGGCGUUUCUCGCUAAGCUUCGCCCAACAUUGUGAAGUGUGAUUUUGGUUGGAAGGAAUGACUUUGCUUGGAUAUCAUGGAGCAGAAUACCUAUUUUUUGUACGCACGUCUUUCCAGCCACGUGCAUUUUUUAGCAUUUUUUGACACCCUCAUAAAUCGAAGCAUAUUUCAUGGAGAGCCUGCGCAGGUAUCCCCUUGCGCACGUUUUGUAGUUCAGAACGUCUACCACAAAUCCUAUUCUCGGGGAACCGGUGUCCUUCAUUUAAAAAAGUUUUUAGCCUUGAAACUUCUGAAAACUGAUAAAUUUUCAACUGUAAGCAUAUCUGUCCGUUUCUUAAUGUUUCUCAUGAUACUUAUUACAUAAUUUUAUGAGGUACGUAUUGCACGUUUUUAAUAGCAUAGAGGAAUGCAUAAUUUUUUACUAAAUGAUACGUAUGCAGCUUGUAGUUCGUAAUUCCUAAACGCGAGUGCAAUGGCAGACAAAAUAUAAAAUAAUUCAGGAUUGGCAAGUUGGAAACUGAAAGUUACCGUUUGUCCGAGCAUAAAAUUUAAAGGAUACAUAAGUGACUGCAAGAUUAGCACAAAAAAGAUAUUCUUGUGCAUGCUUUAAUUUAAUUUGUUAAAUGCCAAUUUACAGGCAUUGUCAAGGGAAGCGAUUAAACACAAAUCCGACCAGCAGUAAAAAAAACUCCUGAAGAAUAAAAAUAUAGUUGAUGAUGGUUUUUAUGGUUUGAAGGGUUCAGGAGAAAAAAAUACUGCUGGCGGUAGAUUUUCGACCGUCAAGAAGGGGGGAGGGGGAGGGGGUUGCACGGUAUCGGAGAUCAUCGGACGUCAAUUCCUUUCAUGAAGUUGGGGAUGGUCAAAGUAGAGGCGUUGAGGAACAGCUGGUGAGACCGGCCAUAGUGUUCAGAGACCACAAACGCCAUCGCUACGGCAGAGCCGAUCAGUGGAUUCAGAACCCAAAAUUUGAGGAAGCUUUUCUGAUUGCAAAAAUCGAGUAAUAGUUCUCUUAAAUAAAGGAUAAUUUUGCAGAGUUUUCACACUCAUUGGUAGUUUAUUCCAAAUAGCAAUUGCAUUUACAGAAUAGAACCGACGAUAUUUAACAGUACGUGCCAGAGGCAGAAAUAAGAAGACCUCACGGUGACUGUUACGUCGUGGGUGGAUAUGAUGUCUUAAAGAAGUGAGUGGGUUAAAUGUGUGAUUAUAUAAGAGUUUAAAUAGCAAAAAUAGUCCCUUUUGUAAUCUACGGAACCAUAACGGAUCAAGGCCCGUAAGCCGGUUUUCCGGGGUUAAAAUUCUCUUGGUAAAAAAGUGUUGAACGGAUUCUAUAUUCUUCCGCUCAGUAGCACGCAUGAGGCUAAAUAAAAACGAACAGUAUUCCAGACCAGGUCUAACGUACAUGUUGAAAAGGCGCAUUCUGAUGUCCCUAGUUUUAAAGUUUCGGAGGAUAAACCCGGUCGUUCUGCGUGCUUUGGAGACUAUCAAGGCACAGUGCCCCGAGAGAUUGAGACUCUUGGAGUAUGAUAUGCUUUCAAUAAAAUAUGCUUAAAUAUAUGAGACUGUUGACAAUCAAUGCGGAAAUGCAUACUUCUUAAGUAGUAGCGAGUUUGAUCUUUACGGACGGCCGGAAAGACGUGCACUCAAAAGGUGGCAUCCUGGUAUAGCUGAAAUACCUUGGAUUAUGCUGCAUGUUAGCCAAUGUUACAAGCCUAUCUGAAUAGUCCUUGUCAAUCGAGAUCACUCCCCAGAAUUUUGAUUGAUGUUACUUGAUUUACGCGUCUAUUGUGGAUAUCUGUUUUGUCCUUUUCGAAGUUGUCCGCCCAGUGCAGUUUUUGGCUAAAAUCCAUUUUCGUUGUCUACACUGUGUGGUUCACGUUCCUCGCACUGGAGCUCAUUCCCCCCCCCCCUUUGUAGUUCCAUCAUGGCGUUCUGUGUUGAUUGGCAAGUGCUUCUUUGUGUCAAACUCUUCUCAGUCUCCCUUAUUCGUGUAUUUUAGGCAGGUUUGUCAUUUGCCUGACGCCUGGCGACCCGAGAGUUACGGCGUCCUCACCUUCCUCUUCGCAACGAAAGUAUGUUUGACAUUUAGUAGCACUGACUUAUUUGCUCUUUUGUCUGAAAGAAAAUCUUAUUUAGUCCCACAUGCACUCCCAUUGGUUAAUUUGAAGAGUACUCUUUCGAGUAUACUAAUAUCAUAGGUGACUUAUCACCGGACUAGUAGGCGGCGUAUAAAGCAACUCCACGAGACGCACCCACACGACACCUCCUCUUAGCUCUCCGUGCUUCUCUCCGGCAGCAAACUUGAGAACUGAUUUUCCAUCGCCUGUAUGGCGGACGAAACGUCGCACGCCGGAGCAUGAGCGUCUCUUCCAGGUGGAGAACAUGUCCUUCGGUGUAACCGGAUCCAUAAAGUGGAAAUUAGGUCGUUUGUAUCGCGCGUAUACGAGCUGUCAACCCCCUGCACCCAAUCUGAUCUUCAGUUGGUUAUCAGCAUCGGACAGACAACUGGUGCUGGUAAGAGAAAGGAUGAGACCGCCACUGGUGGAUCCAUAUCCGCGCACUUGGAUCUAUCAUGAUGCGCUAAGAGUUGUGAACUUGGAAGGCUACCAGUUGAUUGGGGAACUCGAUCCGUCUUAGGGCUGAAAGUAAAGCUGCAGUGGCCUCUUAAUAUGAUCUUCAUGGCAAUCACGCAUCUGAGAUACGAGCCGUUCUAUUUAUAGCCUGGUGCAUACAGUACGUGGGCUAACUCGUGAAAUGUCGAUCGAAAUUCCGAAAUGCGUUUUCGUUUCGAAAUGAUUAAUUAAGUAGGGUUGUAAAACUAGUCAGCCUGCAACAUAAUUCGAUAAUCAAUUACGUCCGGACGCCGGCUUCAGAACGAACCUUUUUUCCGGCUGCAUACAAAACCCAUACUCUGUAAAAUGACUACUUAAUUAGCAUGCAUAUUUCCUAUUGAUUUUCGAUGCCUUUAAAAAUUCCAUGGAAAAUAUGCAUAAAAUAUUCAUUCUUUUGCCCAUUCGGUAGAAAAUUGAGAUCCCCCUCCAAAUUCAUACUCAAAGGAGGGGUAUAAUUCGGUUUUCAAAAGAUUUUCCCAUUCCCGAAUAAUUUUAAACCUCGACCUGCCGUUACACUUGUAUUCAGGGUUUCCAUUCUACAAGCCGUAUAUUUUCUGCGUACGGAAAACCAUACACUUUUCUAGGGUAUUAAUAAAGGACAAUAUGGGGUUUCUUAAAAUUGAGCAGUGAAUUUCAGCCAUAUUGCUUUGGUAAAUGCAGAGACAUUUCAUGGUAUUAAAAAAUCUCACAAUUGGAGACUUUUUUAAAACCGAGUUUUACCCUUUCUUCGAGUAUAAAAUUAGAAGGAGACGUCAGGUUCUACUGAAUGAGCAAAAGGAUGAGUAUUUUAUGCAUGUUUUCCAUUGAAUAUAUCUGAAUAUUUAAGGGCGUCGAAAUUCAAUGUAAAAAUGCUUGCUACGUAAGUAGUCAUUUUUUUACAUAGCAUAGGUUUCGCAUGCAGCCAGAAAGAAGUUUUUUCGAAAGCCGGCAUCCUGUGGUAACUGAAUUAUAAUAGAAUUACGCUGCAUUAUCCUUAGUGUUACAACCUUACUUAAUGUAUCUUUUCGAAACGAAAAGGCAUUUUGCGAUUUCGUUUGACAUUUCAUGAGUUAACCCGCCUAUGCUGUGUGUGGUGCAACCGCUGAUAUAGCCUGAAGGCGUUUGAGUCCACUGUUAAAGGUAUUAUUUCUAGGUAACAGAUUUUGUUGGGUGCCAUCUCCCGAUUGUUACCGUUUAAUGUAUACGGAACCCGCAGUUGUCUUCUCAGGCGGCAGUGGUCAGUGGCGAAGCCAGAGCUGGUGUUGACUGCGUCCAGUCCGGCCUGAGAGUCCCUGGGACAGUGGUGGCAGUCACUUUUGUAGGCUCGUGGGCCAAGGCUCAAGUGGUGUCCAGUCGGUGUGUACUGCAUUUGCCGAAGGGUGGUGUCCCAGUGGCUUAGGCUGUGGCUGCAGGGGGGAGGUGCGUUCAAGUGGCUGCAUGGGCAGCUGCGGUUGUGCGGACGCAGGUAUGCCCGAGCUGUCGGUCGUGUGACUUCAGGUCAGCGCGUCGGGAACGGCUCACUGCAAAAGGGCGAAUUACUGUGAGGCGGCGAGGUCUUGAAUAAUGACUCCAGACCGGUCAUGACGGCUGCCCGCUACAAUCUCAGGGUUUUGCAAAGUCUCACAAUUGCAAUUUUUUAAAACAAGAAGUUAUAUUUCGCUCAAGAAUAAACUUUAAAGAAGACUUAACUUGCAAUCAAGCGAGCACAAGAAAGUCUAUCCUUAAUCGCGGUUUUUAUGAAUUACAUUUGGAUUUAUAAGAACUCGAAAAUAAAUGGGAAAAAUUCCUACCUCUUAAACAGCCAUUUUUGCCGUGCGUGCUUUUUGCAGGCGGUCGGAAGAAGAGCUCCUUCAAAAGCCGGCAGCCUGGCGCAACUGAAAUAUCUUCUGACUAUACUGCACCCUAAUUAAUAUUACAGCCCCAACGCAAGGAGUUCCCUCUAAUCGAGAACAAAUUUCAGAACUUCGGUUAACAUUUCAUAAGAUUGGCCAGCUACUGCAGUAUUUGUCGUUGAUUUUAGGAAUCUUGCUCAUACUUUUUGUUGGCUGUUCAUUCUCCUGCAUUUGUCGCAUCCGCUGUGAUUGUCUUCUGACACAGGUUGAGAAGAAUGCUGGGAGGGGGGGGGGCGAGGGCAGCUUGUUGCCUUGAACUUUCGCACUCGUUGAGUACAUUCGGUAAACAACAGGCCACGCAGCCAUGCUGGAGGACGUAGGCUAGCCGUUUGAUUGGCGACUGUUAGCAAGGUUGACACAGUCAUUUGUCGAGCCGGCGGGCAGAUCUGAUUGGCCGGUUUCCACGUUCAGACGUCGACUUUUCUCAUGUCUCUUGGACUCAAAGGCAAUCAUGAAAACCUGUAACGUAAAACCACCCUUCUUGCGCAUUUUCCUCACUCUCCCCCUUUGCCAGCUGCGUUGGAGCAAUCUGUACGGCCCAGCCAACAGGGUUUGUCUGUGUCUGCAGUCUUUUUCUCGUUUGCGCAGUACAUUUCUUGCAGUGCUUCAAACUUAGGAGCAUUUCCUCCACGCGAAUCUAAGAUCCGUUUCUGAUUUAGGAAGAGUUAUUAGUACAUGUUCAAAUGUCUGGCUACUGUUUAUAGCAUGACAUGAAAUGUCAACCGAAAUUCUGAAAUGCGUUUUCGUUUCGAAAAGAUUAAUUAAGUGGGCUUGUAAAACUAAUCAGCCUACAGCAUAAUUUUAAAGUAAUUCAGUUACCGCAGGGUGCCGGCUUUCUAAAGAACUUCCUUCUGGCUGCAUGCAAAAACUGCACUUUAAAAAAUGACUACUUAAGUAGCAUUAAUUUUUCUCAUUGGUUUUCGAUGCCCCUAAAGAUUCAAUUAUAUUUCAUGGAAAUCAUGCAGAAAAAUAUUCAUUCUUUUGCUCAUUCGGUAGAUAAUUACGUCUUCUUCCAAUUUUAUACCCGAGGGAAGGAGAUAAUUCUGUUUCAAAAACUUUUCCACUUGUGAAACUUUUUAUAACCGUAAAAUGGCCGUUCACAAAAAGUCAUGACUCUGCAUUUACCAAUGUGGCUUGUAAAGUUAACAAUAUGGAUCAAAUCCAAUGUUAAUUUUUAUGAACCCUGUAUGGUCUUCCUUUAAUACCGUAGACAAAUGUAUGGUUUUCCGUACGCGGAAAAUAUACGGCUUGUAGUUUGGAAACCCUGUAACGGCAGUACGGUUUCAAAAUUAUUUGGGAAUCGGAAAAGUUUUUGAAAACCAAAUUACACCCUUCCUUCGAGUAUGAGAUUGAAACAAGACGUAAUUUUCUACCGAAUGAACGAAGGAAUGAAUAUUUUUAUGCAUGUUUUCCAUUGAAUAUAGUUUGACUUUUAGGGGCAUCGAAAAUCAAUGAGAAAAAUUCAUGCUACUUAAGUAGUCAGUUUUUACAGAGUAUAGUUUUUGCAUGCAGCGCGAAGGAAGUUCAUUCGAAAGCCGGCAUCCUGAGGUAACUGAAAUAGUAUAAAAUUAUGCUGUAAAGUUUCACGACCUUACUUAAUUAAUCUUUUCGAAAGGAAAACGCAUUUCGGAAUUUCGGUUGACAUUUCAUGAGUUAGCUCACCUGCCGUACGUUCGCAGGCAAAUUUGGAAAUAAACGAGCAAUACGUGUUGUGCGUCUUUUUAUUCACUAGGUAGACCUUCUUACCCUGCAUUGCGUAAUGUUAACUUUUUCACCGGCAGAAGUCGUAACACCAAACAGUUUCUCGUUCUUAUUUUACAACGACUGCCACCACAAGGGCAAGUCUUGACUGGCACAUGAUUUGGAUUUUAGCGGGGUAGCCUUGCUUAACAGCAACCUCACUGUCUCCCAACAUCCACCGUGUCUGCCUUGCAGUGCUAAAUACACAAUUGAUUGAAGAUGACUGUGGACUCCUUCAUCUCUUACAUUUACCAAAAUAAAAGCCGGUCUUCCCAACCAACACUCAUUAGGCCUCAUCCGGAGACCUGCCGGGUGACAGAAUACUGACCCAGUUUUUUUGAGUGGACGCAACGGGGUCAGAAUGCACACUCGCCUACAGCCUUUUCAACUGGCUGUCUAGGCAUCCGGAGAACUAGUCUAGAAUCCGGGGUAAGAUGUGAUUUGGCAGCCCACCCGAUGGACACAAUACUACCAGCAAGGCGGGACGACAGAGAAUGCGGGUAGAUUGAUACAGUACUGUUUCGGGCUUAUUUUGCCUUCAUUCAGCCAAUCAUAACCCUGACCAGCAGCUGGGAACAGAGACGCAAACAUGCGCACAGACGCACCUGGCGCAGUUGGUCCACCACUGAGGCCUACCAGAUGGGUCAUAAGCACUGCAUCGAAUCGAAGUUCAUCAGGGCCUCGCCACCUGUCAUUCUCUGUCGCUGACUUGACCGACUUCGGCCUGAUAAUUGGUUGUCUGUUCGUGAUCUAUGCCACCUAUACGGAGCAUGUUUGCUUCGUGAAGCCAAUUGAUCGGUGUGUGCCCAUUCCUGAUUGGACACAUUACUUUUGGGGUUUGGGUUAGGGGCUGUAGUUAGGGUCAGGUUUGGAGGUCAGGGUUAGCGUUUAUGGUUGGGGCUUAUCGCAGCUAUCUCUCAUCCAUUCGAAGUACAACCGCGCAUGCCCAAUAGCUUUCCUUUUUCAUACAACUAGUUGUCCUUGUCGCCCUAUUACCACCAGUCCCGUAUUAGAGGUGACGGGUGUUUACUUAAGGUGGGGCUACCAAACCACAUCCAGCCGGAUCCGGAGAACGCACUUAACUUGGCAGCAGCGCGGUCUCUUCAGCAGCCCCGACCUCUAGAAGUAACCACGCGUAAAAAUCUCCUGCUGUUUAGUUUCCACGAGGACCGUCAAAGAGCACAGUGAUUGCUGCCCUCUGGGCUUAUCAGUACUGCAACGCCACCGUAGUUGCCCUUUCCGUUUGAAAGCACAGUUUGACAUCCAAGUCAGUGUUACCGGGGCUUUGUCACACCUUUUUAAUAAUGUUUGUAUUCAGCGUUGUUGCAUCGUUUGUUUUGUUUAGUCGUUUCCAGUCCUGUGAGGACUACGACCUGCAUUGACUCCUGUUAGGGUUAUUGUUUGGACAGGUGAGGGCUGCAGCCCACUCGUCUAUCGGAUGGUUUGAGUUCACUAUAACCUUUGGACUUUUAGGCAGGCGCAAAACGUUGUUAUGCUGUUCAGCUGCAAGCGCACUACAUGUCAUCCAGUCCUUAUUUGGAGUUUACACAACCUGCUACCAGACACCAAAUGCGUCGCUUAAUCGCCAAAAUAACAUUACCGACAAAGACAGGGGAGCUAGGAAUGGCCAUUUCUGGAUCGUUAGCCGUCGUCAGUCAGUCGUGCCCAACCUCGAAGUGUAGAACACCUGCAGCUCGAUCCUGCAACAUGUUGGUUAGAAGUUCAACACCCCUAACCACUCAGCCACGGGCUUGUUGUCUUGUUCUGUCUCGGAGCUCGCUGUAUCUACAACUCACACUGCUGCAAAUCUGAGAACCGAUUACUGUGGCCCGUCUUGGGUUUCCUUUUUAGGAACCUGCCUACCCCCCCCCUCCCCAAAUAAGACUUCACGGAAGAACCCUUUUCCUCGCUUUCAGCUCUCUUCGCUGGAAUCCUCCGCCCACGCUCUCCCCGCCGCAGCCGUCGCGGCCUUUCACCGACACCACACUGAGGAGUCCGCACAGAAGUCUGCUCAGUUUGCAAGCUUACUGUUGGCCUUUCUCAAGGCAAACUGUACAGAGGUGGGAGUCGGCUCACUUUUCUGCUUUUUCCGGUGCGGCUGGUUUGCACGCAAAACCAAGUGAACUGCCUCAUUUCUCUCUGUGUUCUUCUAGAUUCCUCGCGGGUGUCAUGGUCUGUUGCGCGAAAUAGCCUCAACUCACAAAAGCUUCCUGAGCCGUUCUCUCCUCUCGACUAUCGAGUCAUUGUAA